AUGUCAGCAUAAUUUAUACGGUAUAUUGUUGUUGAAUAUAUACAUCGUUAUAGCCGAGACAGCACUUAUCGUACGCAGGAGACUUGAUAGUUUCCAGGAUAUGUCACGACGUCCAUGUAACUUCGAAUUUUCUAGAAUCGCUUAUAUACGAGCUCUGUUGAUCUAAACUUGUCAGUUAGAACUGUGUGCGUACAGCUCGGAUCCGUUAAGUACAGUAACGUAUCUGUUGAUCUCAAAAAAAAAUUUUUAAAAUCGUGAUCUCUCGGUCAAAUCCGUCAUCAAUAAUAAAAACUUGAGGAACUUUGUCGGGUGCGAGUAUGUUGUAUCGAUGUUAAUGAUUACAAAGAGUUGCGACAUAAAAACGAUGUCUGAGUGUAUAAAGUUAGUGCAAAUAAAAAAGAAAUAAAAACGAUAUACCCAGAAAUUAUUAAAUUUGUAGAAUUUUACACGCGUAUACCUUUCGUAAAAAAAUAAUUAAUAUAUGUGCAUUAAUUAACAUACGCAAUAACUAACACGCGCAAUAAAUAACAUACAAACUACAGGUCUCGUGUUGCUUCUUAAUCAAUACGGCGUUUAUAUAUUUUCGGAGACACGUAUAGAAAAAUAUGUCGUUUCCUUAUUUGGUACUCAAACGAAAGUAGACCCGAUCCUACCUUUAGCACCUAUUAAAAUUCAAAUUCGAUUGGAUACGAUGUCCUCUUCGAAAAUUCUGUUUGCAAAACGUGUUCUCACGCAUCUCUACGAGAUCGGUCGAUUACGUUACAUUAUAUUUGAAUCCCGUGGAACAGGUAUACGACCUCGCAAGGGGCGGUCUUUGACCGCGCUUUUUUUUCGUUCACUCUUCAUGGAUGAGUCGCGUCUGUGCCGGUUUCUCGCGCGGCUCAACAUACGAAUUUCUUCAUGCUUGCCGGAAUCACCGAAAAAUUUGCGGUGCAUUCAUCCGAGAGUGUAAGAUAUAGUCCAUUGAUUCGCGAUUAUCUAAGCGUGCCGGUGGAAAUUCGUUGAAAAACGCAUAUUCGCGCGCGUCAGUGCGGAAAGUGUGCAAUCGAGCGUGGAAUAUUCGCAUUUUAAAUAUUGCCAGGAGUUUCUAUCCGGUGGAGAUGGCGGAGAAGAGCAUUCUGACGUGUACAUUCGAAUCACCGGACGAACGGAGAUCACGACGUCACGUACGAUCCUACGCGAUCGUAAUAAUCGUCACCAUCGUAGCUGCAUUCCUAAUUGCCAUAAUCGGUCUUAGUAUUUACGGCACAUCCGACACUUCGCAAAAAGACAGCUCUCUGAUACCGCCCGAUCCGGAAACUGUACAACCGCCGUCGUGGAGUAAAUUACGGACUUUCAAACACGGUGCAGUUUGCGCGGAUGGAGCGCCAUGCGCUGUUAUCGGCAAAUCGAUCUUAGAACGGAAUGGAUCGGCGGUGGAUGCUGCGCUGGCCGCGCUGAUAUGCAACGGACUCGUGAAUAUGCAAAGUCUAGGAUUCGGCGGUGGAUUUAUGAUGACCAUUUAUCAAAGAUCCACGCGUCAAGCUUUCGUUCUCAAUGCCAGAGAUCGCGCACCUUUGGCAGCGAAUUCUACAAUGUAUAACGACAAGCCCGCGAACGCGUCUUUUCACGGCGCACUGGCAGUUGCCGUUCCCGGUGAACUAGCUGGUUACUGGGAAGCUCAUCAACGAUUCGGUAAAUUGCCAUGGGCGGAUUUGCUCGAACCGAGUAUCGAACUUUGUGAAAAGGGCUAUACUAUGACAGUGGCGCAAUAUGAUGCCCUUGUAUAUAAUAAGAAAAGUAUUUAUAACGAUCCAACUCUGAGAGAAUUAUUUAUCGAUCCUGCGACUAACGAAUUCCGUAAAGCAGGAUCUGUCAUUAAACCCCUCACACUUUGCAAAACGCUGCGAAUUAUCGCCGAGAAAAAUGCGACUGAAUUUUAUAACGGCACGAUUGGACGAUAUCUCGUUGACGAUUUACGCGAACAAGGAGGAAUCAUAACAAUGAAAGACCUUAACGAAUACAGAGUUUUAUGGGAUCAACCGAUACAGACGAAUCUCUCGGGCGGCAUAAAACUUUUUACUACAGGACUACCCGGUAGCGGAGCUGUUCUCUCGUUUAUCCUCAACGUCCUCGACGGUUACGGCUUCACACCGGCCAGCAUGGUCGAUUUUAACACGACGAUCCUCACGUAUCACAGAAUGAUAGAAACCUUCAAGUACGCGUACGCGUUAAGGACGGAUCUGGGCGACGGAGCUUUCGUCGAUAUGACCAAAAUACUCAAAAACUUGACAUCGAGCAGCUUUGCACGCGUGAUACGAAAAAAAAUUAGUGACGAAAAAACCUGGCAGGAUCCGCGACAAUACGGUUCUUCCCUCCACGCUGGUGCCGAAGAUCAUGGCACCGCACACGUGUCGGUGCUGGCGCAAAAUGGUGAUGCUGUAUCGGUUACCAGCACCAUUAAUUAUUAUUUUGGAAGCGGAACAGUCAGUAGGAGAACCGGCAUUGUGUUGAACAACGGCAUGGACGACUUUGGCAUUCCAUCAAAGAUCAGUUACUUCGGUAUACCUCCCAGUCCCAACAAUUACAUCGCACCUAAGAAGCAGCCGUUAUCCUCGAUGGUGCCCUCUGUGCUCGUCGAUCAGUACGGCGAUGUCAAGAUGGUCGUGGGCGCAGCUGGUGGUACAAGAAUUACCACCGCGGUGUCUCAAGUGACUGCAAAGAUUCUUUGGAUGAAACAGACAGUCAAGGAGGCCGUGGACUCGGCGAGGAUACAUCAUCAGCUGUUUCCACCAAAGAUAGCUUACGAGUACGGAGUUCCCAAGCAGGUGAUCGAUGGCCUGAAACGUCUAGGACAUGCCACGAAACGCUACAGGGAACGCGGCAGCGUAGUCUGCGUGAUACUGUACGAAAAUUCCACGAUCUUCGCGAACGCUGAUUAUCGCAAAGGUGGCGACGUUUAUGGAGUCGAUUGAUAUGCGUGUUAUCUUCAUCGAUAUCCAGUUACGUUCUCUUGCAGUGCAAAACUCUUCGCAAACCGGUUUUGUUUGGACAAUGUCGAUCGUCUCCUCGCGAUUAUUGUAACACCGAUGCGUACGGGAUCGAUCAUGUUAUCGUCACAUUUGCAUGUUUGAAAAAUCGCUACGCCGGUAUUGCUCAAUCAAUACAAUCUUUAAAUACGUUCUUCGCUCAUCAUUAUCCAUCAGCGCAUCAAUUACGUUUUUUCUACCAAUUCCAGUAUCCGUACUUUCUCGACGUACUUUACCAUACUCUUUGUGAUAUUUAGAUAUGCAAAACCGACGUAACAAUGUACCUAAAUGCACAAAAAUUUAUAAAUUUUAUUUAAUUUUAGCGCCAUAUAGUAUACGAUAUAUAAAUAUAUAUUUUUUUUGUACGAUUCGUAUUGUUAGUAUAUAGUACAACUAUACAAUCCGCUCCGUGAGACGUGAUGCUUAUUGAACGCUUCCAGCCUUGUUGCGCUUUUUAUAGAUGUAAAAUAUUGACGUCAGCACUGCUGCAAUUUACUUCCUAUUUUAAACUACUCCGUAUCAUUCGUACACGAGGUGUUUCACUUCCACGAUCGCACGUCUUAAGCUAAUCUUUUGCUUCGUGUAAAAUUUUUCAAUAAAUUUUUCUAUAAUUUUAUCGAUUAUUAUAUCGAUUUUCCUCAAAAGUGUAUUUUAAUAAUAUAUUAUCAAAAAAAGAUGUACAUAAUACCAUAUACAUGGUACUAUCAUUGUUGACGCAAUACUGAUCCUUCGUGUCCUUGAUACAUCACUGUGUACAUCUCUCCUUUCUUUGCACUUCUCUCCUUUCUCUUCUUAACUCUUCAGAGUCGCGAAGCUUUCUAUGCCGUCGAGAUAUGGGCUUUGAAAGCAUCAUACAAAUAUAAAAUACAUUAGUUAUUCCCCUACCAUUAUCCAGCAAAACCUGUUUCCGAAGCAGUCUAGGAGGAUUCUCGGCUCAUCGUCAUUCGAGACCACAGCCGGCUUGAUACGAACGUCUUAUCAGGAUCAGAUCGCGAUCAACGGUACUUUUCGUAUUCGCGCUCGAUAUUCUUUCGCAAUGUCAUCGUCGUCGUCCUUCGGAUUUGAUCGGUGACUUCGCGCAGCGGUUUUCAUGACAAGAGUUAACAAGAGAAAAAAAAGAGAGCAUGGUCGGAUUUUAUCUUUCGUUGACUCUGCAAAAAUAUAGCGUAUUCCACAAGCUAUAAUUAAACGUCGUCCCACACAUACAUGGCGAGAGAAUACACGAGCAUAAUCACGUAUUUCGCAUUUAGUCGGAAUAUAAUCCGUCGUUAAUGCCCGACCUUGAAAAUUACAUUGCACCAUCAUCGAAAAAAAAUUCGCUGUUUUGAAUAUAAAUUAUAGUCCACCAAACCUCAGAUUCGGUCGCGACGCUUAAUUACAACACUUGAGAAACAACGAUGGGUCGUUAAUAAGAAUAUAUAUCGGAUAAGAAAUCGAAUAAAUAUAUUCAACAUUUCCGAUUAUUAUUGUAACGUUUAUCAAAAUAACCGUUAUCCGCGUUAAUUACCGUCAUCGGAGAAAUGAUGUAUAUCUGAUAUUUGCGAAUAAAUAUCACGUAUUUAUAUUCGUCGCAAAAACAUACGCAGCUAUAAAGUGGCUGUAAAAAUGCUUCCAUUCUUUUCGUAAUGACAAUAUUCAAAUACAAGAUUUAAAAAAAAUAUGUUUAUGAAUUUUACUGUCUUUUUAUCGUUAUCUCAUGACUCCUCAUUAUUAAUUCAGGGAUGAAACUUUGUAAGAUUCUCUUUUCUUGCCAAAUAAAAUUCGCAUGAAUAAAAAAACAAAGUUAUCAGGCUUCGUCGUCGCGGCGACUGAGAAUGGCGAUGAUUCAAAGUUAUAUUGUUGUUUCCAAGACUUCGAGAAAUUAUUUAAUCUAGAAAUUUCAUCGGUGACGUGUGUAGAGUGUGGACACGUCUUUUACGCUCCGAUAGUUUCGCUCCGCGUCGAGAUCGUACGACGUAGAAACAUGCUCGACUGAUACAGGUCUUGCCCUCCGCAUAUCCGAUAUAUAUUCAUACAUCUUACUUGUUUCAAGUACAUGUGUAUGUAUAAGAUCGGUGAACGUAACGACAAAAUAUUCCCCGAGAUAUUUACGUCCUCUUUACGAGCAUUUUGCUACGCCUCUACAAGGUAUAAUACAAAUCUCACACUUUGUUUACGGACGACCGGCGUGACACGCGCUCUCGCUAUCAACAAGUGCCGUUUUUUUAACUAUAUAUACAGCUGAUUUGUUUUCAUUUCCUUGAUUCUUUCGAAAAUAUAUUUUAUCUUAACUUAACGCGCGGAAUAAUAAAACAAUCGCUGUGCGAUUUACUCCUUUGAAAAUAUUUUCCUGAUUUUUAAAAUAUAUAAACAGCAAAAUUCAUCAUUCAUAUCAUUUUUAUAUAGAAAAGUUUCAUUCAGAAAUCAAGCAUGCAUUAUUAUAACUUUGUAAUUAUAUCUGCGUCAGAAGUACAUACAUAAAAGGCAAAGCCUAGACGUUGGAUGAAUUUACGUGUUGGAAUUUUCUAGGCCGCGAGUGUCUCGACGAUAGAUUAGCUACGUGAGUAAAUGACUAUUGGAUAUAAAGAGAAGUGUCUUAUCAUCGCGGUCAAAUCGCGUGCACGUCGGAGGGGAGCAAAACAACUUCAAAUAUUAUACUAUCAAUAAUAUUCGAAGAGUAUUUAUAAAUAUUUCCCGAUUAUAUACACCUCAGAUAACGUUAUUUAUGAUGAUGACAUGUGUUAUGUUAGUUUAAUUUUAUUUGACAAUUCUCUUUCUCUCUCUCUCUCUCUCUCUCUCUUUCGCAAUCCCGAAACAUUCAUUUCAUUAUCCGAAUUUAUGUGUGUAGAGAAAUUUUAACCGAUUGAUACUGAUACAACUAUUUUAAAUAAAGCACCGGCGAAGAAGCUUUUGUGAAGACAUGUGAAAUUACACCUGAGUACAUAGCCGUCAACAACAUGUCUGACUGAUUGUGUUCAACACGAUAUGCGUAUGUUCUUGCUUUUACGCAUUUAUAAUAUAUGAUUUGCUUACAUUUGACUAUCGUCCCAUUUAUUCUUAAUGUUUUGCUCGAAAAAGUGAAUAUAUACGAAAUGAUAUCAAUUCACCAAAAUAUUGCAUAAUAAAUUUUAUUUAUUUGCUCAAUGAAAUACCCAUAAUCGAAAUCUAUGAGAGUUGCAUAAUUUGCCAAGAGUCAAGUUGAGAAAUGAGACUUCGAUACGUUAUCGGAGCUAUAUCGAAAGAUUGAUGUAUCAACGUAUAUACAAGUAUUUCGCACUUACUACGCAGUUGCAAAAUUGCGUAAGAGAUGGAAGCCGGAUUUUUUUUACAUUCCGAAUUAUCUACAAAUAUUAUAUUAAACUCGCUAAAAAGUCACGAAGACAUAUUUUAUUCAAUCUUGGGAUAAAACCUUCUUGAGAAGAAACGUAAACAAUAUUAGAGAAUUGCAAAAAUUAAAAGAAAUUAAGAGAAAUAAAUUCUUAAUAAAUUUAUAAACGAAAGUAUAUUUUUAGAGACGCAUGUGUCAGAGUUGAAUCGUUCAAGUCGCGGCGACGAGACCGGGCUCUCUGGUGGUCUCUACUGGGUGCUUCGCGCACGCGCGACCGUGCAAACCCGGCGAUGUAUAUAAACACGGUGCAACGAACGCGCCAUAAUCAGUAUCGAAUCGAUCCCCUUCGGUGGAAGGUGAUUAUUUAACGUUGAUCGUUUCUGCUUUGCAUUGUCGCGCGGCGACCUGUUUUUCACAAGCGUCCCCGAGAAUCCCAUCGCGAGAGCUAUGUCGGAGGCAUAUUUAGACGAGUACGAGCACUUCAACUACGAUUACGACAAGCACAUCUUCACCGCGCACGGCGGUAAGCAGAGGAGCAAACGCGAGGCUGUCACGCAUACCAAUCAUUUCGACCCGAGCGGCCAUUCCAGAAAGAUCCUCACCAAGCUGAUGAAUACCGAGCACAACAAACGGCAGACCGGCAAGACCAAGGUCUAAUCUGCGAAGAUUACGCACGUUCCUAUCUUCGCGGCAGACAUUGUCAAGUUGGAUCUCAUCUCAUAGGACUUACCUAACGCCUAAGACGACCGGGAUAAGAAAGGAAUAUGUAUAUGCGUUGUACUGUCGAGAAAUUGCAUUUAGUAGUAGAUUCUUACGUAAUUCUCAAAACGUGAGAUCGGAGCACGAUAGUUCGUGCCGUCCAUCUUCAUUUAUAUAUUAGAGGCACGGAUCCCCAUGUUAUUUAUAAGAGUAUAAAAUAACACAUCGUAUUUCGAUUACUGCUUAUUUCGUGUGAACCUGAAAAUCGCGUGACUUUUUCUUUUUUUUUUUAUAUAGCAUAGUACGAUGAUAUAUCAAUUUUCACGUGUGCUAUUAUAUUAAUUUAUUAAUAUAAGCUAUGAAUCUAUAAAUAAGCUAUAAUCAUUAUUAUUAGAUUUAAUUGAAUAAAUGAUCAUUAAAUCGUUAACUAGAGUUUUCUUUAUGCAUGCGUUUUCGCAUACAUCGCGUAUGAGUAAUUACCGCUGAUCGAACGAGAUAACGUCUUUGUUAUCAUUCGUUCUUAUAACAAGCGACAAUUGUUGUAUCGCAAUGUAUUACAGAAAACACAUACGUAAAGAGGACCGAGUUGAUAAACUUCAAUCAACUCGUAAGAAUAUACGAUAUUUAAUGUUUAAUUAGGACGCAACUUUCGCGAAUUGUGAUUGAUGAUAUACAUCAAUAGAAUUGCCAGAUAUAUCUCAAGUUUUCGCGACGAGGAAAUCGUCUAUUAUUGUGUAUUGAUAUAAGCAUCAAAAUAUAAUUGUAUUGAAAAAAAAAACUAUGAAAUAAAGAUUUGUA